AUGGAAGCGUUGAUUUCCAAAAGGCUGCUACGUUGUUCUUCUGCGUCCUUGCAUUCACUGGGACAGUUCUACUUUAAUUCAACUAAUGCUGGGUUUUCCACUUUUCAUAAAUCACGUGAUGUAUGCAGCAGUUUAUCUGGGGAAAGACUACUUUCUGCAGAUUGUUCUUUGGUCAGGUCAAUGAUCCGGCAGUUUUCUACUUCUAUUUUAACUCCUGGGCCGGAUGAGGGUGCAUCUCCACCCGAUUUAUUGUCCAAGAAGACUCUAGCAACAUCUGAGCGUACUAUAGGGCUUUGCCAGGAUCUUUUAAUCCCAGUUACAAACUUUCAUAAUGAAGACAAGGGCUUUAUGGUUUUACCUGGAGAUGUUUUUGAUUUGCCUAUUCGGAAGGACAUUAUUCAUCGUGUUGUUAGGUGGCAGCUUGCAAAACGACAACAGGGGACUCAUUCAACGAAAACUAUCAGUGAGGUCAGUGGGACUGGAAGAAAGCCAUGGAAUCAAAAGGGAACUGGUAGAGCAAGGCAUGGUUCAUUGCGUGGGCCUCAGUUCAGGGGUGGUGCCACCAUGCAUGGCCCUAAACCUCGAAGCCAUGCUUUCAAAGUCAAUAAGAAGGUUCGGCGACUGGGGCUGAAGAUUGCCUUGUCAGCUCGGGCAGCAGAAGGAAAGCUUCUUGUGUUUGAGGAUCUGGAGGUUCCCACACAUAAAACUAGGAAUAUGGUGAAUUAUUACAAUCAAAUGGAGAACACCAAGAAACUUCUGCUCGUAGAUGGCGGGCCUAUAGAUGAAAAGUUAAAAUUAUCGACGCAAAAUCUACACUAUGUUAACAUACUUCCAUCCAUUGGGUUGAAUGUCUACAGCAUUUUGCUUCAUGACACAUUGGUGAUGUCCCGAGCUGCGGUGACCAGAAUUGUUGAGCGAAUGCGCACUCCAAUAAAUCGCAAGUUAUGCCAUUUUGAUCAUGUUGAAGGAUGGAACUUGGGAAAUUGUUGGUCGAAUUUUGAUGUUCUAGUGAGCACCAAGGGUGUCUCCGUUCAAAAGCUUUAG